AUGUCGUUUCAGAGGGUGGUACGGGCAAACCAUCGACUACUUAUCAAGACAAUCAAGGAUCGUCAAAACACGACACUUCGAAAAAACGAAGGUUUCCCAUCCGAAAGCCCCAGCUCCCAGAAGAUGUUGAAGAUGACCAGGGACAACGCUUGCAUGAAGUUGACCUAUGGCCUUUGCACUUGGUGGAUCAACCUUGGUGAUAUCAAGGCCGAGCAUCUGAAGCUUUUGAUGCGGGUCUUGUCAACAACAGAUUUCAAGGCCCUGCUGGUGGUGAGAGGGGUGAAUUUCGGCGAGGAUAUUAUCAACUUUGCUCAGGAAGUUAUCCAGCGCCACAAGAUCAGGCUGGAUACUCCGCAACCGAGUUUGAGGCUGAUUUGGGGGUCUUGA